AUGCCAGCCGGCCUAUUUCUACCCUCUCGUAUUCGCGGUAUGGCACCAGCUCAAAAGGGAUUUUCAUGGUCGAACAUUGCCGUUGGCGCGGCAAUGAACAUGUUUGAGGUCACCACGCUUGGCCAGCCCUUUGAGGUGCUCAAGACGCAAAUGGCAUCAAACCGGAAGCAGACAAUGUACCAAGCGUUGAAGACGGUCUGGAGCCGCGGUGGCAUCUUCGGCUUUUACCAGGGCCUCAUUCCCUGGGCAUGGAUUGAGGCAUCGACAAAAGGAGCUGUUCUUUUGUUUGCUUCGUCCGAAGUUCAAAAAGUCGCCAAGACCAUGGGGAUGGGACCCGGAGUAGCUGGUAUGCUUGGCGGUAUGACAGGUGGUGUUGUCCAGUCCUACACCACGAUGGGUUUCUGUACAUGUAUGAAAACUGCCGAGAUUACGCGCUCGAAGCAACUUGAGGCGGGCAUGAAGCCGAAAACGACUUGGGGUGUGUUUAUCGACAUUUGGCGCAGGGAAGGUAUCCGUGGGAUUAACAAGGGUGUCAAUGCGGUUGCUUUGCGUCAGUGCACAAACUGGGGAAGCCGUAUGGGCUUUGCAGGCUUGGCCGAGGGCCCUGUACGCAAGGUUGUGGGCAAAAGUUCUACCGAUAAGCUGUCACCCAUGGAGCGUGUCCUUUGCUCUUCUAUUGGUGGUGCACUUGCUACAUGGAACCAGCCCAUUGAAGUGAUUCGUAUCGAAAUGCAGUCACUUGCAAAGUCCACUGACCCAAACCGUCCCGCCAAGCCAACCAUCAUGAGUACCUUUAAAUAUAUUUACAAGGAGAAUGGGAUCCGGGGCCUGUACCGCGGUGUCUCGCCGCGCAUUUGCCUAGGUAUCUGGCAAACUGUUUGCAUGGUGUCCUUUGCGGACACUUUGCGCGACUAUAUUAACGGCAAAUAG